AUGGCAGUCGUCGGAGAAUCGAAGAUUGUGAAUGCCGAGGAGUACGACGCAGGAAGCAAUGGAUCCGGCGAAGCGGGUAGGAUGCAUGCCAGUGCUCUGGGAGGCACAGCCCACGACGCCGAGGACAUGCAGCGGAUGGGCAAGAAACAAGAACUCCGGAGAAAUUUUCGCCUGAUUUCCAUCAUUGGGUUCGUGGUUGUCCUACAGUCAACAUGGGAAAGUGCGUUACUUUCAGCUUAUUUUGGGCUAUUCAAUGGAGGCACAGCAGGAGUCAUCUGGAUGAUGAUUAUCACAUGGAUGUUCGUCCUAGCCAUGAUUGCGUCGCUUGCCGAAAUGGCCUCAAUGGCCCCAACUGCCGGUGGACAAUACCAUUGGGUCAGCGAGUUCGCCCCGCCAUCAUUCCAAAAGUCCCUUAGUUACAUCGUGGGAUGGGCUGCGGCUGUCGGGUGGGUCAGCGGGAUACCCGCCUGUGCACAAAUGCUUUCGAGUCUCGUCAUCGGAAUGGUCCUCCUCGCGUACCCUGACGCCCAGAUUGGAGAACUAUGGCAUGUCACACUGUUGAUGAUGCUUUGGCUGUUCCUCAUGAUCGGUUUCAACAUCUUCUUGGCGCAGCAUCUUCCCCUCGCUGAAGGUGUUGUGCUAGUCUUGCAUGUCUUUGCCUUCUUCGCGUUUCUGAUUCUAUUCUGGACCAUGGCAGAGCGUCUUCCGGCGGAAGAAGUUUUCACGACUUGGACAAAUGGUGGAGAAUGGAGCUCGAUGGGCGUGUCUGCUCUGGUUGGCCUCUCAACCCCAUUGUGGUGUUUUAUUGGUCCAGACGCGGGCGCACACAUGUCUGAGGAGUUGAAAGACGCCUCCGUGGUGCUUCCGAAAGCUAUGAUGUGGGCUGUUUUCUUCAACGGCAUUUUCGGAUGCAUUAUGAUGAUUACCUUCGUAAUGUGUGGCGGUGCUCUUGAUUCGGUUCUCGAAUCGCCGACCGGACAGCCUAUACUUCAGGCCGUUUACAAUGCGACAGGCUCUAUCGCCGGCACUGAGGUCAUGGGUGCUCUGCUCGUCAUCCUCGUCUUCUUUGCAGCCGUGUCCGUUACCGCUGCUUCUUCGCGCCAGAUCUGGGCAUUUGCACGCGACAGAGGACUUCCGUUCUCCGCAUGGAUCGAGCGAGUGCCAGCCGGCUGGGACAUUCCCGUCAACGCGCUACUUGUCUGUCUCGGAUCCUCGCUCGUGCUCGCAUGCAUCAACUUCGGGUCGGACGUUACGUUGAACGCCAUCGUCUCCAUCUCAAACGCAGCUCUCAUCUUCUCCUACAUUAUAUCGAUUGGAUGCGUGCGCUUGAAGCGUUGGCGAGGAGAGCCAUUGCUCCCUCGACGCUGGAGCCUAGGCAAGUUUGGAGGCAUCGUCAACGACCUAGCUCUUGCCUUUUUAGUCGUUUCCUUCAUCUUCUCAUUCUUCCCUAUAGUGCCAAACCCUUCGGCUACGGACAUGAAUUGGGCGGCGCUUAUGUUUGGCGCGAUGGCUAUCAUCGCCACGGUCAACUAUUUCGUCAGCGCACGGAAGAGUUAUAUCGCGCCUGUUUCGCUUGUUAAACGAGACUAG